CCUCCACCUCGCGGGUACCCGAGCUCUGGUUGGGGGCGCUCCCAUCCCUCUCCCCGGCCCCACCCCCGCCGAUGGGCCGACCCGACUCUCCCUGCCGCGAGAUGGGCCGGCCCGGCGGCGCGCGGGCAGCGGCGGCGGCGGCGGCCCAAGAUGGCGGACCUGCAACUGGACCCGGCGAUGGCCGGGCUGGGAGGGGGUGGCGGGAGCGGACUGGGUGAUGGGGGCGGUCCUUGCCGCGGGCCCCCCAGCCCUCGCCCCGCUGGCCCUACGCCCCGCGGGCACGGUCGCUCUCCUGCUGCCGUGCAGCCGCUCGAGCCGGGUCCCGGACCGCCCGAGCGGGCAGGGGGCGGCGGCGCGGCCCGCUGGGUCCGGCUGAACGUGGGCGGCACCUACUUCGUGACCACCAGACAGACCCUAGGCCGGGAGCCCAAGUCUUUCCUCUGCCGCCUCUGCUGCCAGGAGGACCCGGAGCUGGACUCAGACAAGGACGAGACAGGAGCCUAUCUGAUUGACAGGGACCCCACCUACUUUGGUCCUAUCCUAAACUACCUCCGCCAUGGGAAGCUCAUCAUUACGAAGGAGUUGGCAGAAGAAGGUGUGCUGGAAGAGGCGGAGUUUUACAACAUCGCAUCUCUUGUGCGACUGGUUAAGGAAAGGAUACGGGACAAUGAGAACAGAACUUCACAAGGCCCCGUGAAGCAUGUGUACAGAGUCCUGCAGUGCCAAGAAGAGGAGCUCACGCAGAUGGUCUCCACUAUGUCUGAUGGUUGGAAAUUCGAACAGCUAAUCAGCAUUGGAUCGUCCUAUAACUAUGGAAAUGAGGAUCAGGCAGAAUUCCUCUGUGUUGUCUCCAGAGAACUAAAUAAUUCUACCAAUGGCAUUGUCAUAGAGCCGAGUGAGAAGGCGAAGAUUCUUCAGGAGAGAGGAUCACGGAUGUAAACUCCAGAAUCCGAAACAUCAAGAAAGCACCCCAGCAGAGCAUCUCUGUGAAGUUAAAUCUCGCUCCUGUACAGUCACCGAGCUACUGCAAAGCAAAGCUGAGCCUGGCCCCCAGUGGAGAGUGUUCUGGUCAAAACCAAAGGAAUCCCCACCCACCCACAGGAACCUGAAGACAGAUGUAGCUUCCAGCUGCAGAAUACCUUUUCAGAAACCUGCUUUUGUUGUCUUAGCCAGUGUUCUAACAAAUCUUUAUAGCAGCGUUUGGGCUGGGCUCCAGUGGUAGCCCUGUGGAGGUCUGGGGAGAGGAAACGGAAGACCUAGCUCCUUGCAUGUGCCUGUAAAAGCUGGAGCAAAUGAGAGAGGGUUGUCCCUGAGCUGUGCCAUGUUUUCACCUGCGUGCCACGACGGAUGUUGGCAGCCGCUCUCUGACAUUCCUUCCCAUCCUAUGCACCCUGAACGAAUGGAGCAGAUACAAACGAUUCUAGCUUCCAUUCAUCAAACUGAAUUGAGGUUUGGAUAAAGGAUAGCAUUGACAGAGGCCCCCACAUUCCUAUGAACAAAGCCUCUGAGGAAGGGAGGCGGGUAUCGUUGCUUGUGGUUGGAAGUUGGGGAUUGCUGCUCGGGUUUGGGGCAUUCAGUUUUGCCUCAUUUGUCUCUGGCAGCCUGGACCCUCCAGGUAGCUUGUCUUCUCCCCAAGAGGAGGUUUUGGGCAGGUGGCAUCCUGCACUGAAUCAGGCAGAUGGGAGCCUUAGGUAGUUGGUGUAACUGCUUCCUGCAGCCUUUUCUUACCCUCCAUUGGCCCAUCUUCCUUCCCUGACUUUUUAAACUGGAAUAAAGGGACUUUGAACCCUCUGA